AUGGCUUCCUUCUACCACUACUCUUUCAGUUUCCUUCUCUUCUGUUCUCUUCUCUUUCCCAUAUUAUCUCCCUCCAUAGCCAGCACUACUUCUUCCAGAACCAAGGCUUUAGUUUUGCCUGUGACUAAAGACUCUGCCACCCUCCAAUACCUUACCCAUAUAAGCCAAAGGACACCUCUAGUCCCAGUUAAACUAACACUAGACCUUGGGGGUCAAUUCCUUUGGGUAGAUUGUGACCAAGACUAUGUCUCGUCCACCUAUAAGCCUGCAAUUUGCGACUCAGCUCCUUGCAACCUUGCUCAAUCCAAGUCUUGUUCUGAGUCCUGCUUUUCUGAUCGUCCUAAACCAGGCUGUUAUAAUAACACUUGCAGUCUCUUCCCUGAUAAUAGUGUUACUAAAACCGGCACCAUUGGUCAGUUUGGCCAAGACAUUGUCUCGGUUCAAUCCACCGAUGGGUCUAACCUCGGUAAGAUGGUUUCUGUGUCCAACUUCUUAUUCACUUGCGGCUCAACUUUCCUUUUGGAAGGCUUGGCUAAUGAUGUCAAGGGUAUGGCCGGUCUAGGAAGGACUAAAAUUGGCCUUCCUUCCCAAUUUUCUUCAGCUUUUAGCUUCGAUAGGAAGUUCGCCAUUUGCUUGAGCUCUUCAACAACAUCUAAUGGUGUCGUAUUCUUCGGUGCUGGGCCUUAUGUAUUGAAUCCCGGUAUUGAUGUCUCUAGGUCACUUACCUAUACUCGGCUCUUCAUCAACCCUGUAAGCACAGCAGCGUCUUACUUUGAAGGCGAAAAGUCUUCGGAGUAUUUCAUUGGAGUAAAGUCCAUAAAAAUCAAUAACAAAGUUGUCCGUUUCAAUACUUCUUUGCUAAACAUUGACAAAAAUGGCAAUGGAGGAACGAAGAUUAGCACAGUCAAUCCCUAUACAGUAUUAGAAACCUCCAUUUACAAAGCUGUGGUUGGUGCAUUUGUGAAAGCACUGGCUAAAGUCCCGAGGGUAGCAGCUGUGGCACCCUUUGGAGCUUGCUUCGACUCGAACCACAUCGAUGUUACUCGAGUCGGUCCUGCUGUGCCGUCCAUUGAUCUUGUCCUGCAGAGUGAAGAUGUGGUGUGGAACAUAUAUGGAGCCAACUCUAUGGUUCAGGUUAAUGAAAAUGUUAGUUGUCUUGGAUUUGUUGAUGGUGGAAUAGAACCAGUGACUUCAAUUGUGAUUGGUGGGCAUCAAUUGGAAAACAAUCUUCUUCAAUUUGAUAUAGCAAACAACAGGCUUGGAUUCAGCUCCUCACUGUUCUUCAUGAGAACUACUUGCUCCAACUUUAAUUUUAAAAGUAACAGUGCUUAGGAUGCAAUUAUCAGUACCACUCAAAUGUAUGGAAUAAUCGAAGUGUGUGUUUGGAGACUAAAAAAAUAAUGGAUUAUGUUCUCGGACUGUCCAUGUCAA